AUGGCAGAUAUUACGGCAAAAAAAGAUCAAAUACAAACUUAUUUAUUUACCUCAGAGGCUGUUUCUGAUGGGCAUCCAGAUAAGAUGUGUGAUCAAAUUUCUGAUGCUAUAUUAGAUGCUCAUUUAUCACAAGAUCCUGAUGCUAAAGUAGCAGUUGAAACACUUGCUAAUACAGGACUAGUUAUAAUUGCUGGUGAGGUAACAUCAAAUGCUAUAGUAGACUAUCCCAAGAUUAUUCGCAAUGUUAUUAAAGAAAUUGGAUAUACACAUUCGGAUAUAGGAUUUGACUAUAAAACGUGUUCAGUUCAAAUUGCUCUAGAACAGCAGGCACCAGAAAUUGCCUUGGGUGUCCAUAUUAAUCGUUCAGAAGAAAAUAUUGGUGCAGGUGAUCAAGGGUUAAUGUUUGGUUAUGCAACAAAUGAGACACAUGAAGGAAUGCCAAUAACACUUUUACUUGCAAGAAAUUUAUUAAUUAAAAUUAAAGAAAAACGAAAAGAUGGAAGUUUUCCUUGGGCACGGCCUGAUGCAAAAUCUCAAGUUACUGUUGAAUAUAAAGUUGAGAAUGGUAAAUGUAUUCCACUUAGAGUACAUACUGUAUUAAUUUCCUGUCAACAUUCUGAUAGUAUUGAUUUUGAAAAAAUGAAAGAAAUAAUAAAACAAGAAAUUAUAUAUAAAAUCAUUCCAUCACAUUUAAUGGAUGACAAAACUAUUAUUUAUGUAAAUCCAUGUGGUACAUUUCAUUUAGGAGGACCAUUAGUUGAUACCGGUCUUACUGGUAGAAAAAUUAUCGUUGAUACAUAUGGUGGAUGGGGAGCUCAUGGUGGUGGAGCAUUUUCAGGUAAAGAUCCCACAAAAGUAGAUCGUUCCGGAGCUUAUGGUGCACGUUGGGUGGCAAAAUCAUUAGUAAAAUCUGGAGUAUGUAGUCGUUGCCUUGUCCAAAUAUCAUAUGGUAUUGGAAUAUCACAUCCUCUUUCAAUAAAUGUUAUGGAUUAUGGAACUUCUCCUUUUACUGAAAAAGAAUUACUUACAAUUAUAAAUGAUAACUUUGACCUUAGACCUGGUAUGUUGAUAAAAAAUCUUGAUUUAAAAAGAGCAAUUUAUCAAAAUACUGCGACAAAUGGCCAUUUUGGUCAUGAAAAUUUUCCAUGGGAAAAACAAAAAAAACUCGUCAUUCGUGAUGAGCUUCUUAGAAAAAUGGAUAAAUAA